AUGUAACCUAAUGUAUAUAUGAAUGAAAUAAGGAAAGAGAAGGAAUGGCUAACUAAUUAAAGAUAAGCAAUUCAUUAAAAAAAAGAAUAAAAUAAAUUACCUAAUGGAGAAUUCGAAUUUAAACCACCUAAAACAAUUGAAGAUUAACUUGAAGAAUUAUAGGUAGUCUUAUUAUUUAUUUUAGUAAUAAUGUUUAAUGGGUUUAUAUGAUAAGAAACUUUCAAUAAAAGGAUAUAAAGGAACAUUCAAAUUGGAACAUUGGAAAAUGAUUGAAUUACGUUAAAGAGGCAAUUCAUCAAUAUAAUAAGUAAGAUUCAUUGAUACUAAAUUGGAAAAAGAAAAUUUAAUGAUAUUACCAUUGUGGUUUAGUUGGGUAAAGACUUAGAAUUUAGUUAUUGAAUUUUAACAUAAUGAAUUAGAUGAUUAAUGUGUUGAAGAAUUCAUUUUUUAAAUUUUUGAAAGAAAUAUCAAUUUAUAAAAAGUAAAAUAUAGAAAUAAUAAUGAUUAGAUGUUUUUAAUAAGUAAUCCUGGUGUUUAUAAAGGAUUUCUGCUUAGAAAAUUAAAACAUUAUUUAGUUAAAAAAUAUGAGAAUAAUAUGGAUUUUUAUUAUUUAUUAUUAAAGAACAAAGCUAAAUUAUCUUUUGCAAUAAUAAAAAUAUAAAGAAAUUGGUAAGUUUAAAAAAUAAGAGAAGAAAGAGAACUUGCAAUGAAGAAAAUAGAUCAAACAUAUUAUUUUAGUUUUAAUUUAUCUAAUUGUUUUACUCAAAUAAAUUGGAAAGGAUUUGAACAUCUAAUAAGAUGUACUUAUAGUUUUGACAAUUUAGAAUAAAUAUCAUCUUUAGAUAUAUCUGAUAAUUAUUUAGGUACUUAAAGUAGUUUUAAUAAUGCAUGUUAAAAUUUAGCUACAGCUAAAGGAUUAGUAACAUUGAAAUUAAGAAAUCAACCAUUAUUUCACAAUACAACAGCAAUACAAUAAUUGAUUGGAGAUCGAUAUGAUCGUUUAAGAAUAAAUCAUUUAGAUAUAUCAGAUAAUUCAGAUAUUUUUGAGAAGGCAUUUCAAUUAUUGGCUGAUGAUAUAUUUUUAGAAUGUAAAACAAUUAAUUUAAAUAAUUCAUUAACUGAAAAUAAUAGUACUCUUUAUAAAUUGUCUAUUUUGAUUUAAGCAUUUGAAAGAUAGAAUAAUAAAUUUGAAAUUUAAGAAAAAUUAUAAAAAUCUAGUUUAGGUAUAAUAUAAUAUAUUAUAUAAGGAAAAUAUAAAUAUAAAAGUAAAUUAUAAUCAUUAGAUUUAUCAAAAGUUGAAAAUUUUAAUAGAUAUGAUUAAAUUGAGGCUUUAUUAAAAACAGUGGUUUUUAGUGAAUUUAGUAAUGUUAGAACACAUAGUAAUAAAUAUUAAUUUAAUAUUAGCAUUAUAAAAUUUAGAUGUAGGUAGAACUGAAAUAUAUUGUAAAGCUUUGAAUUAAUUUUAAUCUGAUUUCAUUUAAAAAAAAUCUAAAAUUCCUAAAUAUAAAGAUUUUAAAUUAAAUUUAAAACAUAUUAUUUUUACAGAUUCAGAAUAAGAAUAUACAAUGAAAAUUGAUAUUUUAAAGUAAUUCUUUUUAGAUUAUUUAUUUACAAAAAAAAAGUCUCUACUUCAAAUUGAAAGUUUUAAAUUUAUUAAAAGUUUUACUAAAAAAAAUAGAAAAGAAGCAUUCAAAUUAGCUGCAGCUUAUAUAUUAGAAGUAGUUCAUAAGAGUCCAAAUCUAGAAUUUACUAUAAAUGACUUAAAGUUUUUUUCAGCUUAAUUAGAAUUAGAUUUGUAAACAUUUAAAUGCUUGUUACUUAUUCCAAAUAUAAAAUUGAGGGUUUUUAAAUAUUUUAAAGACUCCAUGAAAGUAUUACUUUAAAAACAUUCAUAUAGGGUGAAGGCAAUAUAUAUUUAAAUGAACUUGAAGGAUUUCUUUUAUCUUAGCCAGAAUGGUUCGUCCAUAGUUUAUAAAUCUUAAAAUUAGAUACUAUAACAGGAAUAUCUUUUGAUGUAAGUAAAUUAAUUAAGCUUGUAAUAUAUUGUCCUAAACUUUAACUUAAAGAAUUUCAUUUUUAUAAAAUUAAACUUACUAAAUCUAGUUUAGCAGCCAGAGAAUUAGAAUUACAUAUUUAAAAUUCUAUUGAUCCAAAUAGAAUAAUUGGAUUAAGAAGUUUAAAAUUUGGUGAUUUUUAAGAAGCAGGAGAAGAAGAAUUCUUUAAAUAUAUUGUCUUUAGUAAAAUAAUUAGAUUAAAAGAAUUGAUUUUAAAGAAUAUUGAUUUUAAUUAAUUAAUUUAAAAUCUAUAAUCAAAUAUAAUACCAAAGAAUAUAAAUACAUUAGAAGAAUUAUAAUCUUUAGAAUUUGAGGAUAUCAAUAUAUAAUCAAAAGAAUUAUGGAAUUAACUUUCUAAAAUAUUUAUAUUUCAAAAUAAAAAAUUGAUUACACUAACAUAUAAUUCAAUUAAUAUAGAUAUAAAUUUCAAUUUAGGCAUGACUUAAUCAACUGUACAAUAUAUAUCAUAAGCUAAAUCUAAAUAAAAAAAUGAGGAUUUCUUAUUACCAAUUACUGAGUUAAAAUUUAUUGAUUGUAAUUUAAAUAGUGAUUUUUUAUCCUUUUUCUUUCCAAUAGCUUAAAUAGAAAAAUUAGAGAUUAUUAAAUGCAAAAAUGUUUAAUAAUCUAUGCUUAAAAUUAGAGAAAACUAUAUAGAUGAAAUUAAUUAAUUUGCUUUAAAAUUAUUUACAUUAAAGGAUUGUGAAUUUACAGAUAUAAAUAUAUUUGAAUGGAUGGUGAAUUAUUUAAUUUUGAAUUUAGAUAGAUAAUAACUUGAAACUUUAAAUUUAAUAAAUUGUAAUUUAAAUGAUGAUAUGAUUAUUAUUAUUUGCAAAUAAUUAUAAUAAAUCACAAGUAAAAUAUAACAAUUUAAAAGAAUAUUUUCUUUAAGAUAAAUAAAUUUUUCUUAAAAUAAUAAAAUCAAAGAAUUAUAAUGGAUAAAUGUAAAUAUUUUAAAUUAUAUUUUUAAUAGUUAUUUAAUACUAUUUUGAAUUAAAAUUAGACAAUGUAAUAUGAAUUAGCAGCCUAAGAUUCACUUAGAAAAGAUGAUGUCAAUAUUUUAAUAAAUGAAAAUUUAUUAUUUGUUGAUUAAACACUUUUAAAUUUAAAAUAAAAAUUGUAUUACAAUCAUAAAAUUUUUAAACCAAAUUUCCCAAAAUAACUUAAGAAAUUAGAAAUUGAUUUAUAAUUGAUCAAUUAAUUUAAGAAUUAAAAUAAUGAAUAAAAUUUUUAAUAAUAAGAAUUCAAAAGAAGUUUAUAUUAAAGAAUUAUAACUGGAUUUAUUAUCUAUCCUGAAAGUUAAUUAAAAAAAUUAAAAUUAUCUAAUGUAGAUUUAGAUUUAUUUAUGUUAUGUUGUAAUAAUAGUAUUGAGUUCUCAUAAAAAUAUUUGGAAUUAUCUUUAACUAGUACAUAAAAAUAGUAAUUUAUUAAUAUAUAAUAAAUACAUAUACAUUAAGUAACAACAUAAAGUAGAAUUAGUAUUGAAUAAUUUUAUAAACUAUUUCUUUUUAAUCAUUAAGUUAAUUUGAGGAAAUUAUCAAUUCAUGGUUUUAAAGAAUAAUUUUUAUAAAUCUUUCUUAAUUUAAGUGAUAGUAGAACUAAUUAUGUUCUUGAGAAGGUAUCCUUUGAAAAUUGUGAAGAUAAAUUAAAUGAAAGUUAGACUCAAAAAUUUAUUGAAUAAUUAAUUGUUGGUAAAGUAUUUCCAAUAAAAGAAAUAACAAUUCCAAAAGGAGUUAUAUUUGAUUAAAUAAAAUAAUUUGAUUUAAAUUAAGCAAAUGAUUGUAAAAUUGAAAAAAUAAAAUUGUCAAUUGAAGAUAAAGGUAGAAAUCAUAUUUCAACUAUUUAUAAGAUAUUCUCUUUAUUAUUUUGUUAAAUGUCAAAAUUAUAAUUUUUAGAAAUCACAACUUAAAAUUCAGAUAGUAUAUUUUAACAUAUUUAUGAUGUUUGUAAAGCUGAUAAAUUAAUAUUAAAAAGUCUUAUAAUAAAUGGUUCUUUAGGUGUUGAUAUUGAUUUUUUUAAUUUCAUAUCUAAAUCUGUUGAAACCUUAACACUUUUAAAAAUAGAAAAAGUAAUUUAUUUAAAAUAAAAUGAUACAAAUAAUUUAUUGUAAUAAAUAUACAAAAAUCCUAUAUAAGGUAGUAUACUUGAUCUUAAUUAUAUUGAACAUGAAGAUACUUACUUUUUAUAUUAUAAUUUAAUAUUUAAUGAGAUGUUUGGAUUUACUAAUUUAGUUUUAAGAAAUCCUUAAAGUUUUGCCAAUUUAUAAUUAAGUUAUUCCAUAUAUAAAAUCAAAUAUUUAAAAUUAGAUAUGGGAAUAAAUUAUAAUUCAAAUAUUGAAUUAGAUAAUGAUGCUUUAACAUUAAUUUCAUCUAAAAUGAUUUAUAGUGAAGAUAGUAUAUUAGAAGAAUUAGUUUUAAUGAAUUGUGAUUUAAGAGUUCCUGCAAUAAAAGCAAUUGUUAGUCCUGCUUAAAAGUUAAGAGAUAGAAUUAAUUAUUCUAGUAGAUAAAAAUCAUUUUAUAUGAGUAUAAAAAGAAUAUGCAUUUUAUUUUCUUUUCAUAUAGGAGAAGAAGGAAUGGACAUUUUAUUCAAUAAUUUAAUAUAUUUUGAAUAUGUAAAUAUUGAAAGAAUAGAAUUAUAAGCAAUAGAAUUAGAUGAUAAAAUUAUAACUGAUAUGAUAAAACAUGCUACUGAAUGGUUACAUUUUUAGAGAAGAAAUUAAAGAUAAUUUGGUAAAAUAUUUCCAAUUAGAUACUUAGAUAUAGGAAAAAAUGAAUUAUUUUAAGAUAAAGCAAUAUGGUAGAAAUUUCUUAGAACUUUUGUUUUUACAGAUAAAACACCUUAUUUAGAAAUAUUGAAUUUACAUAUGAUGGCAUUGAAUGAUUCAAUAGCAACUCAUAUUGCUUAUAAUGCAUAGAAAUUUUUGAAUUCAAAAGGUAAAAAAUAUCAAUUUCCAUUAAAAAGAUUAAAUUUUUCUAAAAAUAAUUUUUUAACAGAGAUUGGAUGGGAGAAUAUUUUUAAUAAUUUUAUUUUCCAUCCAAAAGUUAAUUUAAUUGAAUUAAAUUUAACUAGUGCUUAAAUAGAUACAGAUGAAAAAUUAAAUAAAAUUUUAUUAUCAGCAUAAAGAAGAGCUUAAUUAUCAAAAAAUAAGAAACUCCCUUUACAUACAUUUUUAUGUUAUGAUGUAAUAUUAAAAGAUUAAAUUGCUUAAUAUAUAUCACCAAAACCAAUUUAAUAUAAACCUCCUGAUGAUUUACCUGUAAAAAUAGAUUAUAAAGGAUGUAGAUUAGGUAUUUUUGAUGAAAUUCCAAUUCAUUUAGGAGAUUAAGUUGAAAUUUUAAAUUAAUUAAUAUAUAAUAGAAAUGAAUUAAUAAUUCCAAGUAGAUUAGAUUUUUGUGAAUGUUUUAAAUUUUCAAAGUUUCAUUUAAAUUUUAUUGAACAUUAUUUAAAAAUUAUAAAUCAUCUUUUAGGUAUAAAUUAAAAUUCAAUUGAAUUAACUUUAAAUUUAGCAACAUUAAAUAGUUUUUCUAAUUUAUUUAGAUAUACAACUGAGAAACCUGCAAAACCAUUUCCAUAUUUUAUGCUUUUUUAAAAAGAAGCUUAUAUAUUUUUGAGUAAAUCUUCAAAUAAAAUAAAGAAUAUAAAUUUAAUAAAAGCAGAAUCAUAAUGUUUAGAAGAAUUAAAUUAAUUUGAUGUAUUAUAAAUAUGGGAGAAUAUAAAAUAUUAUAAAUGUAAUAUAGAUUAAAUUUUAAUGGAAUAUACAUUAAAUGAUGAUUUAGUAGAGAAAAUGUUAUAAAAAGGAUAUACUGAGAGAGAUUUUAUUUCAUUAUGUAGAUUGAUACCACCAUCUAAUGUUAGAAUAUAAGGUACAUUAAGUAUUUAGGCAAUAAAAGGUUUAUAUUCAAUCUUAUAUGAUAUUUAUUACUUUUAAUAUUCAGUUAUAGAUUAUAAAUUUGAUAAUUUUUUAAAUAUUGGUAUAGGAUAUGGAUUAAGAGAAACAGCAUAUAAAAAAGUUGAAGGUAGUACUUGGUCAAACUUUUAUAGAAUGAUUCAAUAUAACUUUUAUAAUAUAUUUGUAAAGCCAACAUAAAAAUAUGUAUUUGAUGAUUAAGUAAUAAAAUUAAAUUAAUAUUUGUCUAAACAAAAAUUUAAUUUAUUAUUAUUAGCUUUUACAAACUUUUUAUUUUUUGGUGCAGCUAUUGUAGCUCCAUUUUUCUUAAUUGAAUUUACAACCAAAGAAAAUGAAUAAUAAUGUUAAGUUACAAAAGGUUAUUAAUAAUAUUAUUGUUAUGCAGCAUUUGCCUUUAUUUCAGCAUUAAUAGAAGGAUAUCUUUAUUUUUCUAUCUGUGAUAUAAUACCUGAAUAUAUAACAUAAAUGGAACAUGCUUAAUAAUUUAAUGAAUCAGAAAUUAUAAUAAAUUAAUAUAAAUAAUCUAAUAUUUCAUUAGAAAGUAAUAGAGCUAAUUUAACAGAUGAUAAAUUGGCUAAUUCAUAAUUUAAAGAUAGAUACAAAAAGAAAAUUGAAAAAUCUUAUAAAUCUUUUUUAUCAAAAAUUAAUAGAGUAGGCAAAUCAAAAUUUGUUACUUAAAUUAAUAGAAUUAUUUAAUUUUCAAUGUCUUAAUUAUUUAAAUUUGAUCUUUUUGGUGAUGUAACAUUCAUUUUAGUUUUAUAGAAUUGUAAUUACAUUGAAUUAUUUUAUUUGACAUGUAUCAUAACUGGUUUUACAUAAGGAAUUAAUUUUAUUUAUUUUCUAUACUUAAUAACAAAAGGACUUUUCUAAUCUAAUAAAUCAAUCUAAUAAUUAUCAUCUCAAUUUAUUAAUGAAUUUUAUUCAAUUGGAUUUUUAGGAAGAAAUUCUGCUCUAUCUAAUUUAUUAGAUUCUAUUGCUCCUUAUAAUGUAUCAGUAAUUCCUAAUAAUAAAUUAACUAGAGCUAUACUACCAAAUUAAGCAGGAAAAUCUAUGAGUAAUUUAGUUAAAGUAUAUUAUUAUUAUUUAUAAAUUUAGGGUUACUUUUUUUAAUUUAUUUUCGAAGAUUUACCUCAAAUAGUAAUAUAGACUUAUUUUACUGUUAAUUAGGCUUGGAAAUAAGAAGGAGAUUUAGAAUUCUUAACAUAUCUAAGAAUAGCUAUAUCAUUAUUAACAGUUGUUACAUCCUUUAUAAGGUAUAUAAUAAUUAUUAUAAUUUAGAUUCAUGUCAAUAAGACCAACAAUAUUAGUAUAAGAUGAUUUUGAUAAAUUAAGUGAAAGAAAGAAAUUUAAUUAUAAAAAUAUAAGAAAAGAUUUAUUAGAAAAUGAGAAAAAAUAAUUAUAAAUUUAUUCAGAGUUUAGUUCGCAUCCUAACAAUGAACAAAAUGAACGUAAUUUAGAUGAAACUCAUCCAUUAAAUUUUUAGUAAUCAUAUUAAAUUCCUUGA